AUGGCACAUGGGGACCAGGGUGACAGUGCCGAGUGUGACCUCGGCCAGCGUCUCCAUCCCAAUCCCCAGGAGCUGUGCUGCUCCGUCAUCUCCAGGAGGAUGAGCAUCCAUCAGGGCCGCAGCUGCGCUGGGGGGUGCAGGAUGCCCAGGAUGCUGGCAGAUGCAGCGGGGGAUGCAGUGAGGGAUGCAGUGGGGGAUGCAGCGGGGGAUGCAGCGGUGGAUGCAGCAGUGGAUGCAGCGGUGGAUGCAAGGAGGGAUGCAGUGGUGGAUGCAGCGGUGGAUGCAAGGAGGGAUGCAGCGGUGGAUGCAGCGGUGGAUGCAGCGGUGGAUGCAUGUCACCAUCCUGUGUGUCCAACCCAGUGUCACCAACCCUGUGUCACCACUCCGUGUGUCCAACCCAGUGUCACCAAACCGUGUGUCCAACACUGUGUCACCACUCCAUGUGUCCAACCCAGUGUCACCAAACCGUGUGUCCAACCCAGUGUCACCAUCCCGUGUGUCCAACCUGGUGUCACCACCCCGUGUGUCCAACCUGGUGUCACCACCCCGUGUGUUCAACCCGGUGUCACCACCCCGUGUGUCCAACCUGGUGUCACCACCCCUUGUGUCCAACCCAGUGUCACCAUCCUGUGUGUCCAACUCAGUGUCACCAACCCUGUGUCACCACUCCGUGUGUCCAACCCUGUGUCACCAAACCGUGUGUCCAACACUGUGUCACCACUCCAUGUGUCCAACCCAGUGUCACCAAACCGUGUGUCCAACCCAGUGUCACCAUCCCGUGUGUCCAACCUGGUGUCACCACCCCGUGUGUACAACCCCGUGUCACCACCCCGUGUGUCCAACCUGGUGUCACCACCCCGUGUGUUCAACCCGGUGUCACCACCCCGUGUGUCCAACCUGGUGUCACCACCCCUUGUGACCAACCCAGUGUCACCAUCCUGUGUGUCCAACCCAGUGUCACCAACCCUGUGUCACCACUCCGUGUGUCCAACCCAGUGUCACCAAACCGUGUGUCCAACCCUGUGUCACCACUCUGUGUGUCCAACCCAGUGUCACCAAACCGUGUGUCCAACCCAGUGUCACCAUCCCGUGUGUCCAACCUGGUGUCACCAAACCGUGUGUCCAACCCGGUGUCACCAUCCCGUGUGUCCAACCUGGUGUCACCACCCCGUGUGUUCAACCCGGUGUCACCACCCCGUGUGUCCAACCUGGUGUCACCACCCCUUGUGUCCAACCUGGUGUCACCAUCCUGUGUGUCCAACUCAGUGUCACCAACCCUGUGUCACCACUCCGUGUGUCCAACCCAGUGUCACCAAACCGUGUGUCCAACCCUGUGUCACCAUCCCGUGUGUCCAACCUGGUGUCACCAAACCGUGUGUCCAACCCGGUGUCACCAUCCCGUGUGUCCAACCUGGUGUCACCAAACCGUGUGUCCAACCCAGUGUCACCAUCCCGUGUGUCCAACCCGGUGUCACCACCCUGUGUGUACAACCCUGUGUCACCAUCUUGUGUGUACAACCUGGUGUCACCACCCCGUGUGUCCAACCUGGUGUCACCACCCCGUGUGCACAACCCCGCGUCCCCAACCCCAUGGGAUGCUCAGGGGGGACAUGGGGACGCUGCUCCCCCCUCCCCAGCUCCGUGUCCCCACCCCGCGAUCAGCCCCAAUUAAUCCCAGCAGGUUAAUUAAACCCAUUUCCUUCCCAGACCCCGGGCGCCGCUGUUUGUUCUUGGCGCCUGAUGAAUUAAUUUGGGAACAGAAGCGACGAACAAAUUAAUUGGAAGAGAAUAAGCGAGCGAGGCCGUUUUAAUCCAGGUUGAAUUAGCAAGUGAACAUGUCGUUAACGAAGGAGACAUAACGAGGGGGAAUUAGAGCAGGCAGGUGCCAGCGUGGGACGCUCAAUGGAGAGUUGUCCUGCAUUGACAACAAUCCUGGGGACACCAGGACCUGUCAGAGGGGACAGCUGGUGUGACCGCCACAGCGGGGGACUUGGGGACAGUCCUGCCCAUGUCCUUGGGGACAUCCGAGUGGCCUUGGAGGAGGAGAAGCCCACGAGGGAAGGGUCUGGAAGGGGAAAUUGUGGCACGGGGUGUCCCAAAGCAUCCCUGGGGACAGGGCGCAGAAUGUCCCUUCCUUAAGUGACAGCAUCACUCUGGUCUGAUGGGAUGAGGGCGCAGGUGUUGGGGACGAGGACACCGGUUCCCUGUGCGCCAAAUUCCUCCGGAAUCUCCAAUUCGAUGGAAACCGCUGUCCCCAAACACAAGCAGUGGCACCUCAAGCCAUUGUGACUUGCAAGCAAAGCCACCUCUAACCAAGGGGAGGGGACAAACAGGAGUGGGUGACACAAGUCCCCGCGUCCUGGAGCGCGGCCAGCGCCCGUCGCUAAUGCAUCUCAAUUAUUUUUCCGCUAUUUAAUCCAGCAAUAAAUUCCCGUUGUCCGUCUGUCCCGGCCUGGCCGGGGGCUUCCUCAUUGUGCCAGGACCAGCUGGAAGCGGCCGGACGCGGCGCAAUCAUUAACGUGGCACGAUCGUUAACGCGGCGCGGUCAUUAACGCGCUAACGAUUUGCGUAAGCGCUCGGGGAAGAACAUCUCGUUGUUGCGCCUCAAACGGACGGGAAGAGAGAUUUAUAGAGAUGAAAUGGGGAAAAAAGACAAGGAAAAGGGCAAAUGAAGCUGGGGGGGGUUGCUGUGCUGAUGCCAGGAAGCUUGGGGUUGGCGCUUGGGGGGGUCUGGGGUGUUUUGGGGAAACUGAGGCACAGAGGGGUUGGAGGCAGGUUGGGGUCUAAGCAUCAGUCUCUUGAGUCUGUGUUUUUGGGGGUUUGGGGACUGGACGUGACCCUGGGGUGCUGGUUGUCCCCUGCUGCACAUUGUCCCCUCAAUACAUGCUGUCCCCUCUAUGCACGCUGUCCCCUCACUGCAUUCUAUCCCCUCACUGCACGCUGUCCCCCAGGCACGUGCUGUCCCCAAAACGCACUGCUGUGCCACCAGACGCAUGGCUGUCCCCUCGGGCAGCUGCUGUCCCUCCCGACACGUGCCGUCCCUUGAGACACGCUGUCCCUUGAGACACACGCUGUCCCUUGCACCAUGCUCCGUCCCUCCGGGCACGUGCUGUCCUUUCAGGCACCUGCUGUCCCCAAACAGCACGUGCGGCUGUCCCUGAAGACAUACACACGCUGUCCCCAAAGACACACGCUGUCCCUCAGGUGUGUGGUGGCUUUCCAGACACACGCUGUCCCCGAGAUGCAUGUUACUCCAGACGUACGAUGUCACUUUGGGCACACGCUGUCACUUUGGGGACACACUGCCACUUUGGACACACACUGUCCCUUUGGGCACAUCCUGUCUGUUUGGGCACACACUGUCCCUUUGGGCACACACUGUCCCCCCGGGAACAUGCCGUCCCCAUGGAUGUCACCUGUCCCCUCUGGCUGUGUGCUUUGGCCCCCCCCAUGCAGGGUGCUGUCAGGGGACAAGGGACAGUCUGUACCAGGGGGACAGGGAUGGCAACCAGCCAUUUAACCCCCCCCAGCCGGCCCAGCUGCCACCUUGGGAAGGGACAUUGGGUACCAGGGUCCAGAGGGGACUCUGCCAUCGCGCUUGUGCCCCUAAUUAGCCCGGGCUCCCCCCCGGCUCCCGAGCUGUCUCCAUAGAGACCCCGCCAGGGCUCCAUCACUAAUUCAUGGCUGGCUCAGCACGUCCCUUCGUCAACCGGUUCCAAAUCCGGUGACAAUAACGAAAACACCGGCAAAACCUUCCCGGUGCCACCAGGUCCCCACAGCUGGGACCUCCUGGGGAAUGUCCCCACCGAGGGGACGGGUGACAGGACACGGGUGUCCCUGCUCGGUCCCGGGUUUGUGGGGGGAUCAGAUCCUGCGGGCGUGUCCCUUUGGGUGACCGUGGGGCUCACAGGUGACAGGAGUGACAGUUCUGGGAGUGACAGUGAUGCAUCCAAUGGACACAAAUACCCCAACACGUGUGCACCCCCCGCGUGUGCGCCCCCUGCUCACCAGUGUGCACGUGCCCCCCCAAACACACCCACGCCAACACCCCCGUGCUCGUGCGUGUCCCGUGCUUGCACAAACACACCCUUGUGCCCGUGCAUGUGCACCCCCUGCAGACAUGAACCCCCCUCCUUGCACCCCCUUGUGCAUGAACCCCCUCCUUGCACGCCCACGUGUACACACAAGCACACCCCUCUGCACGCCCGUGUGCACUCGCCCCCCCAUGCGUACACAGCCCCAUCUGUGAAUCCCCCUUGCACACGUACACACACACACCCCCUCUGUGCAUCCCAAGUGCACACCCCUUGCACACACACCCCCCAUGCACGCCCCUUGCACACCCCCAUUACACACACAAACACCCUUACACACACAAACACCCUUGCAGCCCCCUUGCACUCACACCCUUUCCACACACACAUGCCCUUGCACAAUUCCCCCUUGCACAAUUCCCCCUUGCACAUCUCCCCAUGCAUGCACACCCCUUGCAUGUACACCUCCCUUGCAGCCAUACCCCCAUGCACACCCCUUGCACGCACCCCCACCUUGCACGCGCACACCUUGCAUGCACAUCCCUUGCACGCACACCCUAAUGCACACACCCCCUUGCACGCACACCCUCAUGCACACACCCCCUUGCACGUUCACCCCCAUGCAUGCACAUCCCUUGCAUGCACAUCCUUGUACAUCCCCUUGCACACACACCCCUUGCACGCACACCCUGUGCAUGCACACCCCUUGCACACACUCACAUCGCCUUGCAUGCUCAGCCUCUUGCACACACACCACUCACACACCCCCCCUUGCACACACACAACUUGCAUGCACCUCCCUUGCACAAACAUCCCCUUGCAUGCAUAUCCCUUGCACACACAUUACUAGCACGCACACCCUAUGUGCACGCAUACACCUCCAUGCACACCCCCUUGCACGCACACACCUUGCACGCCCCCCUUGCAUGCACAUUCCUUGUAUGCACAUCUCUUGCAUGCACACCCUAUGCACACAACCCCUUGCACGCUCACCCCCAUGCACGCACAUCCCCUUGCACUCACAUCCCAUGCACGCACUCCCCAUGCACGCACGUCCCCCCUCACACACACACCCCUUGUAUGCACACCCUGUACACGCACAACCCCUUGCACACACCCCCUUGCACACACACCCCUUGCAUGCACACUCCUUGCACACACCCCCUUGCAUACACACCCCUUGCACGC